UCAGGUUGCACCUGGGAAUUUGGGGCCAUGGUUAAUUACAUCAAGAAGACCUACCCUCAGACCCAGCUGGUUGUUGUGGGCUUCAGCCUGGGCGGAAACAUUGUGUGCAAAUACCUGGGAGAGAGCCAGGCCAACCAGGAGCGAGUCCUGUGCUGUGUCAGCGUGUGCCAGGGGUACAGUGCACUCAGGGCACAGGAAACCUUCAUGCAGUGGGAUCAAUGUAGAAGAUUUUACAACUUCCUCAUGGCAGACAACAUGAAGAAGAUCAUCCUUUCUCACAGGCAAGUUCUUUUUGGAGAUAACAUGAAGAAGCCACAAAGCCUGACAGAUGCUGAUCUGAGCAAACUCUAUACAGCAACAUCCCUCAUGCAGAUUGACGAUAAUGUUAUGAGGAAGUUCCAUGGCUACAGUUCCCUGAAGGAAUACUAUGAAGAAGAAAGCUGCCUGCAUUACUUGCACAGGAUCUAUGUUCCUCUUCUGUUGGUUAAUGCUGCUGAUGACCCUCUUGUACAUGAGAGUCUUCUAUCAAUUCCAAGAGCUCUUUCAGAGAAACGGGAAAAUGUCAUGCUUGUGCUGCCCCUUCAUGGAGGCCACCUGGGAUUUUUUGAGGGUUCUGUACUGUUCCCAGAACCUCUCACCUGGAUGGAUAAGCUUGUGGUACAGUAUGCCAAUGCCAUCUGCCAGUGGGAGAAGACAAAGUCUCACUGCUCAGACACAGAGCAGGCUGUAUCUGGCCAGGAGUAAUUGACCCAAAGACUCUGGAUCACUUCAGUAUAUUUUCCCCCUUGGGAACAUCUUGUUCCCUCACCUGCUGCUUCAGGUUCCCAUUCGCUUUGAUAUCCUGUGGCUGGGGUUUGAUCAGUGUUUUCUUCCAAAGCGGAGUUAAAGCAGAGGUUAAUAUCUGGUCAGAGCAUCUUUGCAUAUAUAGUCACUUGGGUUUGUAAUUUCCUGCUCUGCUUGAGAGGUAGGUUGCUGACUGUGACUUGUUACAGGGUUAUUGAUCUGAAGACUGCUUGCUUUAAUGUAGCAGAAGUUUCAAAUAUCUAAAUUCCUUCAUCUGCUGGUCAAAAACUUGAUCUGCAGCGUUAGUUUAGGUGUGGAUGGCAGGGUAACUAUGACUCUGUUCUCUGUCUCAGUGCUGGAAAAACCCUGUACCAAGCCACAAGCCAAUGAGUUUGUAAGCCACUAAAAUGUGGCUUGGAAAAGCAGAUGCUUGACUGCAAGUGGAAUUCCAGCCUUGCACCAUCUCAAGGGAGCCUUUUACUUCCUAGGGAUGCACUUACACAAGUCAAUC